CUCUGACGUGUCACACAGUGACCAGCUCUGUCAGCCCCGGAUGUCGUAUCGUCAUAGACCGCUGCCUCCAGGCUUCUCGCCGCUUCAACAACCAGUCUGACUGUGGUUCCCUGAAAAAAGCCAUGGAAUGCUUCGACCAUGAUCUCUGUAAACUGGAGGAUGACACGGGCGGAGGGUCAGACAGCGCCAUCAAUGAGGAGAUGAAAUUGGUGUUUGCUCUACUGCAGAGUGUCAAUGAUCAGUACAAUAAGUUUUGUACGAUGACAACAUCAGAUGACCACAAUUUGGCAGACCCCCCAAACGUAUCAAAGGCUCUCUUCAUUGGCUGCGCGCUUCUAUACAUCCGAUAUGCAUUUCAAAGUCUUUCAAACUACUCUUAGCUGAAGCUCAUUGAAAAAUACACCAGAAUGGUCGGUCAGCCUCAUCAUAGUAACAAGAGAACAUGGACAAAUCAGAAGUUGUUGUAGUUAUGGCUUCGUUUUGUUUUAUGUCCCUGAAAUCAAAAGAUAAGAUUGUUUAAUGUGCUAUUUUUAAUAGUCUUUAUUAUUAUUAUUAUUAUUAUUAUUAUUAUUAUUAUUAUUAUUAUUAUUUUAUGUUUGUAUAAUAUUGAUUGAUGUUGUUUCGUACGAUUGUCGAGCUUUAAAAUUUCUUUGAGUUGUGUGACAAAGGGUGUAAGGCAAAAAUGGAAGCGUCAUUAAAAUUCCUGUGCUAAAAUUGUAAGAAUGGUUUGUGCAAACAAUUUCAUGUUGUCAAUAUCGAUCUUGUGCGUUGGCUUCGUUUGAUAUCGAUGUGCCAUUAAAGUUCUCAACAAAAGAA